UGAAGAUCAAGAUAAAGGAAAAGAAUUAUAUUCACUUUUAGUUCAAUUUGAAAUUCUUCAAGGAGAUACAAUAAGAAAAAUAUUUCGAAAUAAUUCACAAGAACGAGAUAAAAUAGAAAAGAUAAUUCGAAAUGAUCUUGAUCCUUCGGUUGCCGACUCAUUAAUUAGUUUAUUAAAUAAUUUACCAUUUACUACUAAAGAAGAAGAAGGAAAUAAUAUUCGAAUUUAUCAAAAAGAAAAAAAUAUUUUAAAGUCUGGUGGACUUGCUAAAUAUAAAUAUGGAGAUAUUAAAAGAAAUAUUGAAAGAAUUUUAAAAAAAAUUUUAAAAAAUACUCAACUCGAAAAUGAUAAAGAAUUAAUUUUGACGAAAAUUUUGUCUUUACAAGGAGAUAUUCGUUCAUUUAAAAAAGGUUUAAAAGCUAAUUUAAAAGAUUUUAUGGAUCUUCAAGAUCAAGAAAAUGUUCCAAGUGAAUUAAGAUUUUUUUGA